AGAAGGGUUAAUUACUUAAUUUCUCUAAACAGAUAUAAAUACUAUUUUUAUGUCCAUACCUCUAGUGGAUGAUUUGUUCAACUUUCGCAGGGUCAGUGCUUUUUCUCUUUGUGGGAUUGUACCAUUCUUUUUCGGUUUUUAAUUAUUCGUCUCUGUAAUUUCAAAAUUUGACUAAUUAAUAUACGGUUGUAAGAAAAUUUGUCAUAAUUUGAGAAAAAAACACUAAUCAUCACACUUGCCAAACCAACCCAGAAACUUUAGAUCUUCCUUACGAUCUACAUCAUUCUCGAUGACACAUUGAUCUACGUCUCUCGUCUGCCUUAUCCACAGAGUUUUUUGUUUGUUACAUCUCUGUAUCAAAUGUUUGCCGAGAAGAAGAAGAAGAAGGAUGUUAAUAUCUUUGCAUUUUCUGUUUUUGCGAUCAUUUGCUUCAAAUUCUACAGUAUAAAUGCUAUCAAAUUACCGCAGGAUGAAGGCCAAGAGUAUUAUAAUCUUGGGUUUUGCUCACUGAUGUAUUAUGCUGUUUGCUUCUGUGCGUGCUCCUUAGUCGAUGCUCUGCAGCAAAUCGCAACCACGUUGGGCUCAAAGUACUGGAAAUUUAAUGCUGAAGAAUGUAAGGUCGAAAAGGUGGGGCUCACAGAAACUCCUCCUCCGACAGCUAAACAAGAAAUAGAGUGUGAAUGUAGUCCCACGAACGACACUGAUUGUCAUGUUGUGAAAAUUGCAUUCAAGGAUCAUAAUCUUCCAGGAACUCUUCCUCCUGAAAUUCUUAAGCUUCCCGGACUCCGGGAGAUAGACUUGGCCUACAACUACAUCAGUGGGAGCAUACCACCUGAGUGGACUUCGUCAAAUUUGUCUUUUAUGUCUCUUCUUGUGAAUCGGCUUUCAGGGGAAAUUCCGAAAGCGUUGGGAAACCUUACUUCACUAACUUACUUGGAUCUCGAGUCAAAUGCGUUUUCUGGAGCCAUUCCUCAGGAGCUUGGGAACUUGGUCAACUUGAAAACACUGUUACUUUCCUCCAACAAUUUGACGGGAAAUUUGCCAGCUUCAUUCUCUACACUACGGAAUAUGACAGAUUUGAGGAUUAACGAUCUCCGACUCAGUGGAAUGAUACCUAGUUACAUACGAAAUUGGAAGGAGCUCAAGAGACUCGAAAUGAUGGCAUCUGGUCUCACUGGUCCAAUCCCAUCGGUCAUUUCAGUUCUGAACAAUCUUGUGAAUCUGAGGAUCAGUGAUAUAGGUGGACCAGUUCAACCAUUUCCCUUGGUGAGGAACUCGAAAGGUUUCACUAAGCUGAUAUUGAAGAACUGUAAGCUUUCUGGAAAAAUUCCUUCAUAUCUCUCAAAUUUGAAGGAUCUGGAGACACUGGAUUUGAGUUUUAACAAGUUGGUUGGGGGAAUUCCGUCGUUUGCGCAGGCGGAAAAUUUACGGUUUAUAAUUUUGGCUGGGAAUAAGCUAGAGGGAGAUGCUCCAGAUGAAUUACUAAGGGAUGGAAUCACUGUAGAUCUUUCGUAUAAUAACCUCAAGUGGCAGAGUCCUGAAAGUCGUUCUUGCCGGCCAAACAUGAAUCUGAACCUAAACUUGUUUCAGAGCACUUCUACAAAAAAAUCGAGCAAAUUUCUGCCGUGCAUCCAAGAUUUCAAAUGUCCUCGAUACUUUAGCUGUCUCCAUGUGAACUGUGGUGGAAGCGAUCUAACUUUAAAGGAAACAAAAAGAAAGAUCUUAUAUGAAGGAGACGGAGAAGCUGAAGGUGGUGCUGCUAAGUAUUUUUUGAAGCCUAAUGCUUAUUGGGGAUUCAGCAGCACAGGGGACUUCAUGGACGACAACAACUUCCAAAACACAAGAUACACCGUGUUUGUCCCCUUAUCUAACAUGUCUGAUCUAUACAAAACAGCACGAAUAGCUCCAGUAUCUCUCACUUACUUCCACGCUUGCUUGGAAAAUGGAAAAUUCACUGUGAAUCUAGACUUUGCUGAGAUGCGGUUCACCAACGAUGAGAGCUAUAGCCGGCUUGGGAGGCGUUUGUUUGACAUCUACAUUCAGGAGAAAUUAGUGUUGAAGGACUUCAAUAUCAUGGAUGAAGCAAAGGGAGCUCAAAAACCUAUAACCAAAACAUUUACUGUCAAUGUGACUAACCACUUUUUAGCCAUCCGGUUGGGUUGGGCCGGUAAAGGAACAACAAGGAUUCCAGCUAGAGGGGUUUAUGGUCCUAUGAUAUCGGCUAUUUCCAUAGUUUCAGAUUCUAAGCCGUGCACACCCCCGGGAAGUGGACUGAGCCUGGGAGCAUAUAUUGCAAUUGGAAUUGGAGUCCCAUUCCUUAUUAUCUUUAUACUGGGAGUUCUUUGGUUCUGUGGCUGCCUUUCAAUAUGUUGGCAGAGACGAAAAGGUGAUCAGUACUUUCUUUUUCAUUCUGGUGUGUUAUCAGAUGGAAGAGUUAUAGCAGUUAAGCAGCUCUCAUCUAAAUCCAGACAAGGGAACCGAGAGUUUCUAAACGAGAUAGGUGCAAUUUCUUGUCUUCAACAUCCGAAUCUCGUCAAGCUUCAUGGCUUCUGCGUCGAGCGGGCUCAGCUAUUGCUGGUGUAUGAAUACAUGGAAAACAACAGUUUAUCUCAAGCGUUAUUCAUUAACAAGGAGAAACAUGUGAACAUAUGCAGAGGAUAUAUGGCACCAGAAUACGCACUGUGGGGUUACCUAUCUUUCAAAGCAGAUGUCUACAGCUUCGGUGUUUUGGUUCUAGAGAUCGUCGCUGGCGUUAACAACAGUAGUUUCAUGGCGGCAGGAGACUCCGUCUGUCUCUUGGAAUGGGCUACAGAGUGUGAAGAAACAGGGCACUUGUUGCAAGUGGUGGAUGAGAGAUUGAGGCCGGAAGUGAACCAAAAAGAAGCAGAGGCAGUGAUAAAAGUGGCUCUCGUGUGCACAAGCGCUUCUGCAACAGAUCGACCUAUAAUGUCAGAGGUGGUUGCUAUGCUCGAAGGUCUCUAUCCAGUGCCGGAAUCAAUCCCGGGAUCAAGCAAGAAAUCAGGGGAUAUAAGGUUUAAGGCGUUUAAAGAUUUGAAGAAAGGCGUGGAGAAUAGUAAGACGCAGUGUUCUGCUAACAGUUAUCCUUCUUCUUCUUCUUCUACUCCUGCGGCUGGACACCAAGAAAGAAAGCAAGGAAGAGAUUCUCAAUUUGUGUGACUAUUAAUUUUUGUAAAAUGUUUUUUUUAUGUGUGUUUAUUACACGAUUAGCCCUUUACUGUAAUUUUUUUUUGUAUCUAUAUGCUUUGAUUAGUUGGGGAUUGAGUGUUGUAGAAAAUCUAAACCUAGAAGAAAUCAAAUCAAAUCAGUUAUCUUUUGUACUUUUGAAGCCUUUUAACUUCUAUCUACAUCAAGAAUUUUUUUUCUACAUAAA